GCUCAGAAAUCACUUUGGUCGAACCCUUCUUCUCUAUUGAGAGGAGAGAGCAGAGAGCAAAGAUCGACUGAUUUCACCGAAAUAACAAUUGACCAAAGCUAUAUAUAUAUACACGAAUCGAACGCAGAGAGAAUUUGAGGAAAACAGUAUUCAUUUCUUUGAUUUUUAUGCAGAGAACAGAUCAACCCUAGAAUCUAGAAUUCGAUUGGCGCUGUUAAUUGGCCGCCAUGGAUUUGCGCUUUCCGUUCUCGCCGGCGGAGGUCGCCAAGGUCCGGCUGGUCCAGUUCGGCAUACUGAGCCCCGAUGAAAUCCGGCAAAUGUCAGUGGUGCAUAUUGAGCACAGUGAGACGACGGAGAGAGGAAAGCCGAAGCCCGGUGGUCUGAGCGACCAGAGGCUUGGGACCAUUGACCGGAAGCUCAAGUGCGAGACUUGUAUGGCAAACAUGGCGGAGUGCCCUGGGCACUUUGGUCACCUCGAGCUUGCUAAGCCAAUGUUUCAUAUUGGAUUCAUGAAAACUGUGCUUAGUAUUCUUCGUUGCGUCUGCUUCAAUUGCUCCAAAAUACUAGCAGAUGAGGACGAACCCAAAUUCAAACAAGCAAUGAGGAUACGAAAUCCUAAGAACAAGCUAAAAAAGAUUUUGGAUGCAUGCAAAAACAAAACGAAAUGUGAAGGAGGGGACGAAAUAAAUUUACAAGGGCAAGAUUCUGAAGAACCUGUAAAGAAGCCUAAGGGUGGUUGUGGAGCUCAACAGCCCAAAAUUAGCAUAGAUGGUAUGAAAAUGGUUGCUGAAUAUAAACUCCAAAAGAAGAAGAAUGAUGAUCCGGAACAGAUGCCUGAGCCAGUUGAACGGAAACAACAACUUACUGCAGAAAAGGUUCUCAGCAUUCUGAAGCGGAUAAGUGAUGAAGACUGUCAAUUGUUAGGGCUGAACCCCAAAUAUGCUCGUCCAGACUGGAUGAUUCUUCAAGUACUUCCCAUACCCCCGCCACCAGUUAGGCCUUCUGUAAUGAUGGAUACAUCAUCCCGGAGUGAGGAUGAUUUGACUCAUCAGCUAGCUAUGGUUAUUCGGCAUAAUGAGAACUUAAAGAGGCAGGAACGGAAUGGGGCGCCUGCACACAUCAUAUCUGAGUUUGCACAGUUAUUGCAGUUUCAUAUUGCUACUUAUUUUGAUAAUGAACUUCCUGGUCAACCAAGGGCUACUCAAAGAUCUGGUAGACCUAUCAAAUCAAUAUGUAGCAGAUUAAAAGCAAAAGAGGGUCGAAUCAGAGGUAACUUGAUGGGUAAACGUGUGGAUUUUUCUGCUCGGACUGUGAUCACUCCUGAUCCAACUAUUAACAUUGAUCAAUUGGGAGUCCCAUGGAGUAUUGCUCUGAAUCUCACUUAUCCAGAAACUGUGACACCGUAUAACAUUGAGAGGUUGAAGGAACUUGUUGAAUAUGGUCCUCAUCCCCCACCUGGUAAAACUGGGGCCAAGUAUAUAAUCAGAGAUGACGGACAAAGGCUUGAUCUCCGUUACUUGAAGAAGAGCAGUGAUCAACACCUUGAGCUUGGAUAUAAGGUGGAGCGGCACUUGAAUGAUGGAGAUUUUGUUCUGUUCAACCGGCAACCUAGUCUGCAUAAGAUGUCUAUAAUGGGACAUAGGAUAAAAAUCAUGCCAUACUCAACUUUUCGUUUGAAUUUGUCUGUCACCUCACCUUACAAUGCUGAUUUUGAUGGUGAUGAGAUGAACAUGCAUGUUCCGCAGUCAUUUGAAACUAGAGCGGAAGUACUGGAACUCAUGAUGGUCCCCAAGUGCAUUGUGUCGCCCCAGGCAAAUCGACCUGUUAUGGGAAUUGUCCAGGACACUCUUCUAGGUUGUCGCAAAGUUACUAAAAGAGACACUUUCAUUGAGAAGGAUGUUUUUAUGAACAUAUUGAUGUGGUGGGAGGAUUUUGAUGGAAAGGUUCCUGCUCCAGCAAUUUUGAAACCCAGGCCACUUUGGACAGGGAAACAAGUUUUUAAUCUUAUCAUACCAAAACAGAUAAAUCUCUUGAGAUAUUCUGCUUGGCAUUCAGAUGCAGAAACAGGGUACAUUACUCCGGGGGACACUCAAGUUAGAAUAGAAAAAGGGGAGUUGCUUUCUGGAACUCUUUGCAAGAAGAGUCUUGGGACAUCCAGUGGAGGUCUAAUACAUGUUAUCUGGGAAGAGGUAGGACCUGAUGCAGCUCGCAAAUUUUUGGGACAUACUCAGUGGCUGGUUAACUAUUGGCUCUUGCAACAAGGUUUUAGUAUUGGAAUAGGGGAUACAAUUGCUGAUUCUAGAACCAUGGAAAAUAUCAAUAUAACUAUCUCAGAUGCAAAGAACAAAGUCAAAGAACUUAUCGAUGUUUAUCAAGAUAAACAGUUAGAGGCUGAACCUGGUCGAACGAUGGCUGAAACAUUUGAGAAUAGAGUAAAUCAGGUUUUGAAUAAGGCUCGUGAUGAUGCUGGAACUUUUGCUGAGAAGAGUUUAGCAGAGAGCAAUAAUCUUAAAGCUAUGGUUACUGCUGGAUCAAAAGGAAGUUUUAUCAACAUUUCACAAAUGACUGCCUGUGUGGGGCAGCAGAACGUUGAAGGGAAGCGAAUUCCCUUUGGGUUCAUAGGAAGGACGCUGCCUCAUUUUACCAAGGAUGACAAUGGUCCAGAAAGUCGUGGCUUUGUCGAGAACUCUUAUUUACGAGGACUGACUCCACAGGAGUUCUUUUUCCAUGCUAUGGGAGGUAGAGAAGGUCUGAUUGAUACUGCUGUGAAAACUUCUGAGACUGGAUACAUCCAGAGGCGACUUGUAAAGGCCAUGGAAGAUAUCAUGGUCAAAUAUGAUGGUACUGUGAGGAACUCUUUAGGAGAUGUUAUACAGUUUCUUUAUGGGGAAGAUGGUAUGGAUGCAGUUUGGAUUGAAUCACAAAAGCUUGAGUCCUUGAAAGUGAAGAAAUCAACUUUUGAGAACAUGUACAAAUAUGAGAUUGAUGAUCCAAACUGGAAUCCAAAUUACAUGAUCCCAGAUGCUAUUGAUGAUUUGAGAACAAUACGGGAGAUCCGCAGCGUCUUUGAUGCUGAGGUUCAGAAGCUUGAAUCUGAUAGAUUGCAACUUGGAACAGAGAUUGCUGUUAAUGGUGAUAACAGUUGGCCACUCCCUGUUAACAUUCAGAGGAUGGUCUUAAAUGCUCAAAAGACUUUUAGGAUUGACUUCCGAAGGCCAUCUGACAUGCAUCCUAUGGAGAUUGUGGAAGCUGUUGACAAGUUACAGGAAAGGCUUAAGGUUGUUCAUGGUGAUGACUAUCUCAGCAUAGAAGCUCAAAAAAAUGCUACACUUUUCUUCAAUAUUUUGCUUCGUAGUGCCUUGGCCAGUAAAAGGGUUCUAAAGGAGUACAGGCUUACUAGGGAAGCUUUUGAUUGGGUUAUAGGGGAAAUCGAAUCCCGCUUUUUACAAUCACUUGUAGCACCUGGAGAAAUGAUUGGUUGUGUUGCUGCACAGUCCAUAGGUGAGCCUGCCACACAAAUGACUCUUAAUACAUUCCAUUAUGCUGGUGUCAGUGCCAAGAAUGUUACUUUAGGUGUACCAAGGUUGAGGGAGAUCAUUAAUGUGGCAAAGAAAAUUAAAACCCCAUCGCUUUCUGUGUACUUGAAGCCAGAAGUGGCUAAAACAAAAGAAAGAGCUAAAACUGUGCAGUGUGCUCUGGAGUAUACCACCUUGAGGAGUGUAACACAAGCUACAGAAGUGUGGUAUGAUCCAGAUCCUAUGAGCACACUCAUUCCGGAAGAUGUUGAGUUUGUUAAGUCCUAUUAUGAAAUGCCAGAUGAAGAUAUUGACCCUGAUAAGAUCUCUCCUUGGUUGCUUCGCAUUGAGUUGAAUCGUGAAAUGAUGGUAGACAAGAAGCUUAGCAUGGCUGAUAUUGCAGAAAAGGUCAACCUUGAAUUUGAUGAUGACCUGACCUGCAUCUUUAAUGAUGAUAAUGCUGAGAAACUGAUUCUUCGUAUUCGCAUCAUGAAUGAUGAAGCUCCCAAGGGUGAACUGACUGAUGAAUCUGCUGAGGAUGAUGUUUUCCUCAAGAAGAUAGAGAGUAACAUGUUAACUGAGAUGGCUCUCCGCGGCAUCCCUGACAUAAACAAAGUGUUCAUUAAGAAUACAAAAGUACAAAAGUUUGAUAUGAAUGAAGGGUUUAAAGCGGAGACUGAAUGGAUGUUGGACACAGAGGGUGUGAACCUUCUAGCUGUUAUGUGUCAUGAAGAUGUUGAUGCUAAGAGAACCACAAGUAAUCACUUGAUAGAAGUGAUUGAGAUUCUUGGAAUUGAAGCAGUUCGCAAGUCAUUGCUCGAUGAAUUGCGUGCCGUCAUAUCUUUUGAUGGUUCUUAUGUGAAUUAUAGACAUUUAGCCAUUUUGUGUGACACCAUGACCUAUCGUGGUCAUUUGAUGGCAAUUACUCGUCAUGGAAUCAAUCGCAAUGAUACUGGGCCCAUGAUGAGAUGCUCAUUUGAAGAAACUGUAGACAUUCUUCUUGAUGCUGCUGUGUACGCUGAAGCAGAUUAUUUGAGGGGUGUUACUGAAAACAUUAUGUUGGGUCAGCUUGCACCAAUAGGCACCGGUGACUGUGCUUUGUACCUCAAUGAGGAGAUGUUGAAACAAGCUAUAGAAAUCCCACUGCCUAGUUACAUGGACGGUGGUCUUGAAUUUGGCAUGACACCUGCUCGUUCUCCAAUCAGUGGAACCCCCUACCAUCAUGAUGGUCUUAUGUCUCCAAUGCUGAGCCCUAAUCUCCGGAUGUCACCCUCUUCGGAUGCUCAGUUUUCUCCUUAUGUUACUGGAAUGGCUUUCUCACCCACUUCAUCCCCUGGAUAUAGUCCAUCAUCGCCUGGAUACAGUCCAUCUUCACCUGGAUACAGCCCCACGUCUCCAGGAUACAGCCCCACAUCCCCCGGGUACAGCCCCACUUCCCCAGGAUACAGCCCCACUUCACCCACCUAUAGUCCUAGUUCCCCUGGUUACAGCCCCACUAGUCCUGCAUAUUCUCCAACCAGUCCGUCAUAUUCACCCACUUCUCCAAGCUACAGUCCUACGUCACCAAGUUACAGCCCUACAUCUCCUAGUUACAGCCCAACCUCUCCUGCAUACAGCCCAACCUCUCCUGCCUAUAGCCCAACAUCUCCAUCUUACAGCCCAACAUCACCGUCCUACAGCCCCACCUCUCCAUCUUACAGCCCAACCUCACCAUCAUAUAGCCCAACGUCACCUUCAUAUAGUCCAACAUCACCAUCCUACAGUCCAACAUCACCAGCGUACAGUCCCACCUCUCCUGGGUACAGUCCCACAUCACCGAGCUACAGCCCAACAUCCCCAUCAUAUAGUCCCACCUCACCGAGCUACAAUCCUUCAGCGAGAUACAGUCCAUCAAUUGCGUACUCGCCUACCAGUCCCAAGAUUUCUCCUUCUAGUCCUUACAGCCCUUCUUCCCCAAGUUACAGUCCUACAUCACCAUCAUACUCACCGACAUCUCCAAAUUAUUCACCUUCAAGCCCAACAUAUAGUCCAAGCAGCCCAUACAACUCUGCUGCAAGUCCGGACUACAGCCCUAGUUCUCCUCCGUACAGUCCAAGCGCAGGUUACUCUCCCAGUGCACCUGGGUAUUCACCGUCUUCUACAAGCCAAUAUACGCCUCACAUGAGUGACAAGGACGACAAGAGCGUGAAAGACGACAAGAGCAAACGCUAGACACCACAGAAUGAUGAUCGAACUUGCAGACUGCAACUUUUGCUAAUGAUGGCUGCUGAUAUUCUGACCUCGUCGUCGUAGCUUAUACUGUCAUCUACUACUACUACCUAUGAACUGUGGUGUGGGAAAGGAAGCUUUGGAGCAUUGGUUAUGGAGAAGGAAACUACUGGGGAGGAGGGGUUUGGAGUUUCCAAUGGCGGCUUCGUCAUCGGUCAUGUAUUAUCAAUGUUUCUCUUGCUUGAGUGGAACUGUGAUUCUGAAGCAUCAUAUUGUAAGAUGAAGUGCAAUGUCUUUUUCAAGCUUCACCUAGUGGAUAAUGUGAAGGACUUAUCCAGUAUCUGUUGUAACUGUAAACAUAAGUUUUCUGCGGUAGGGAAACACACUACAUUGGUUCAUCGUUUGAACGCUGAUUAUAUGGGCAUA